GUCACAUCAUGCCUCGUGAAAAGGUCAAGAGAGGCCGUCGCGCCACCGAAAAAGCCAGCAAGGAAGCCAGCAAGCGGAAGCGCGACGACGCCCCCGAAGAUGUCGUGCCCAAACGAGUGAAACCUUCCGAAGACGAGACUAACGACUUCGUUAACGGUGCCGACUAUAUCGCUUUGGACGAUGGACAACAACAGGACGAGGAGAUGGCGCAGACGGGUGAUAUGCCCUUCUACGGUCUUCUCGAUCCUGAGGAGCAGGAAUACUUCUCGCGUGCAAACGAGGUGUUGGAAACCAACCAGUUCGGAGAUGCGGAGGAGCGACGAGUCUUCGUUGAGAGUGUCUACAAAGAGGCCGAGGGCAAGGAAUUGAAGAUCUCGUGCAGUCAGUCCUGUUCCCGACUUAUGGAGAAGUUGAUCUCCAUGUCGGACAUACGCCAAAUACGGAGACUGUUCAACAAAUUCAUCGGGCAUUUCUUGCACCUGGUCCAGCACCGAUUCGCCAGUCAUUGUUGCGAGACUCUGUUUAUCCACGCUGCGCCAGGAGUGUCGCAAAAGCCAUCAAAGAAGGCUAGCAAGACCGACGCCGAGGAUGGAGACGAGCCCGAACCCGAACUGUCGCUAGCGGAGAUGUUCAUGAAGGUCAUCGAGGAGCUGGAAGGAAACUGGGGAUACUUGCUGACGGAGCGUUUUGCGUCGCACACCAUUCGCGUUCUCCUUCUGGUGCUGGCAGGAGAGCCUGUCGAUCUAUCCUUAAGCGACUCGGUCGUUGCUAGUCGCAAGAAGGAGAGACACGGCGUCCUCAACGAAGUGCAGGACGAGAACCCCGUCGCGCAGAAGCGCAGCGUGCCCGAAUCAUUCGAGGGCACCCUGAAGAAGGUCAUGCAGGAUAUGGUCUCCGUGCUCGACGACACCUACCUUCGCGCACUUGCCACCCACCCCGUUGGAAACCCAGUCCUCCAAGUCCUCGUAUACCUGGAGCUCUCCCACUUCGGAAAGGCCAGCGCGAAGGACCCCAAGUCGAUCAUCCGCCGACUGAUUCCCGACGACACCUUCGAAGAAGGCACAGAAAGCACCACCUUCAUCCGCGGCCUUCUCUACGACCCCGUGGGAUCCCGCCUGCUCGAGACCAUCGUCCGAUACAUGCCGGGCAAGCUAUUCAAGGGACUCUACAAGAACUUCCUGCGCGACCAACUCCGCUCCCUGUCGCGCAACAUCACAGCCGGCUAUGUCGUGCUCAAAGUCCUAGAACGUCUCGGAAAAGACGACCUCGAAAACGCCGUCGAACUCCUCGUCCCGCAGAUCCCCAACCUCAUCGAACGCUCCCGCGUCAUCGUCCCCAAAACCCUAGUCGAGCGAUGCAUCGUCCGCGGCGUCGACACCACCCCAAUCGCACGCUCCCUUGAAACUGCCUACGACAGCGACCCGGCCAAGCGACUGGCCCAAAUGCUCACUCUCGAGGACACCACCACCACCUCUGAACCCCAAUCCCAACAAAAUCAAAACGAAGACCAAGACGAAGACCGCCCACAACCCCCCACAAUGCCCAACUUCGACCCCGACAACGCCAACGCCAACAUCAACACGAACCCCAAAGGCGCCAAACUCCACAACUCCCUCUUCGUGCAAACCAUCCUCACAGCCCCGGGCCCCCUCAGCGCCCUCGUCUACAGCAGCCUCCUCUCCCAAACGCCCGAAUCCCUCCUCACCAUCGCCAAAGACCCCACCGCCUCCCACGUCAUCCAAAAAUCCCUCACUCUGCCCACCUCGACGCCGCAAUUCCGGCGUCAAUUCACCGCCCGCUUCACAGGCCAUCUCGAAGAACUGGCCCUGGACAGCAGCGGAUCCCGCGUCGUGGAUGCCCUCUGGCACGCUACGAAGGACGUGUUCUUCGUCAAGGAGCGCAUGGCGCAGGAACUGGCAAGGAGUGAAAUGGCUCUGAGGGAUUCGUUUGUCGGUCGUGCCGUGUGGCGCAAUUGGUCGAUGGACUUGUAUAAGCGUCGGAGAGGUGAGUGGGCGGCCAAGGCGAAGGGGUUGGAUGUUAGUGGUGAGGGAGGUCAGAAACCGAAGUCGAAGAUUGAGUUGGCUAGGGAGAGGUUUGCGGCGAAGAAGGCAGAGAGUGAGAAGAUGAAGAAUGGGGAGGAUGCUUAAUGAUGCUUUUGAUAGCGAUUGUUAUGGUUUCUCUUUUUUAUAUUGAAUAUAGAUGGCAGCAUGUAUGUGUAUGUAUUAUAUUAGGACUGACUGUCUUGGG